AUGAGUUGCCUAGCAUGGAACUGUCAUGGGCUUGGGAACCUGCGUACAGGGAAGGAGCUUGUAAAGAUAAUACAAGCAAAAGAUCCCUUUGUCGUCUUUUUAGCCGAAACACUGAUUGAUGAAGCAAGGCUAGAUACGGUACAACGAAUCAUUGAGUUUGACCAUCGGUGGGUGGUUCAACGAGAAGGGAAAGGAGGUGGACUGGUUCUGUUCUGGAAAUCAUCAGUGAAUUUGAAGAUUGAGGGUUCACAUAAGUAUUACAUUGAUGCAGUCAUUGAUAAACAUACAAGUGAUCAAUGGCGUUUCACCGGUUUUUACGGUGAACCAGAGACAGCAAAAAGAAGCGAGGCUUGGAAUAAGUUAAGACUUCUAAAUUCUGAUCUGGGUAUUCCAUGGUUAUGUGUGGGGGAUUUUAAUGACAUUACAAGACAAGAUGAGAAAUUGGGAGGUGCAUGGAGGUCUCACAAUCAAAUGAAAUUGUUCCAAGAUGUUAUUGACGAGUGUAGCUUCAUGGACCUUGGCUUUGUAGGGGCUCGGGUUCAUCGUUUACAUUGUAAUUCUUUAGACCAUUGUCCACUUCUUAUUGUUCUUGCACCUUUAGACAUUUCUCAGAGGAAAAAACCAUUUCGUUUUGAGGAAAUGUGGUUAUCUCAUCCGAGUUGUGGAGAAACUGUUCAGGCAGCAAGGGACUCUACGGUUGGGUCAGAGUUGAGGAAUGAAAUUUUGGAAAAAAUUGAGAAGUGUGGGUCAGACUUACUUGGGUGGAACCAUAAUGUUUUUGGUAAUGUAAGGGAGUUAAAAACAAAAAUUGAUGUACUCAUGGAUAGGGAGGCGAGAAUGUGGGCUCAAAGGUCACGGUUAUUAUGGGCUAGUCAAGGGAAUAAGAACACGAAAUAUUUUCAUAGUCAGGCAACGAAAAGAUUCCGGAAAAAUCAGAUUAGUGGUAUUAGAGAUGGGAUGGAUACUUGGAAAACUGAACCUGAUGAGAUUGCAGCGGUAUUGACAGGUUACUAUCAGAAUCUUUUCACAACUUCACUCUUGAGAAUUCCAGCAAUAGUUUUAGCCAAUCGAUUAAAGAGUAUCCUUUCCACAAUAGUCACUAAGCACCAGUUAGCUUUUACAAAAGAUGGAUUGAUUUCCGAAAAUAUCUUAGUUGCCUUUGAAACACUACAUGGUUUACAAAAAUACAAUUCCGAUUCCUUGAGAUUCAUGGCUCUUAAACUGGAUAUGAGCAAGGCGUAUGAUCAGGUUGAAUGGAUUUUCCUUGAGGAAGUCAUAAGGAGAAUGGGGUUCAAUGAGAGAUGGAUCAAUCUGACCAUGAUCUGUGUUAAAACAGUGACUUAUUCUGUUCUAGUGAAUGGGGAACCAAGAGGCCUUAUUCACCCAUCUAGAGGUAUCAGACAUGGUGACCCUCUAUCCCCCUUUCUUUUCUUGCUGUGUACUGAAGGAUUGAAUGGGUUGAUCAAAAAUGCUGAAUUGAAUGGAGAUAUUCAUGGCUUCUCUCUCUAUAGGAGGGGUCCAAAACUAACUCAUCUCUUAUUUGCAGAUGAUAGUCUCCUAUUUUGCAGGGCAACGGUGGAAGAAUGUGUCAAUGUUCUAAAAAUUUUGGAGGCAUAUGAGAGGGCUUCAGGCCAAAAGGUGAAUAGGGACAAAACAGUUCUCUUUUUUAGCAGAUCUACUUCGGAUGAUAUAAAAUCUAGCAUCAAACAAAGCCUUGGGGUGCAAGAGAUUUUACACUAUGAGAAGUACUUGGGGCUUCCAUCUUUGGUGGGGAAAGGAAAGAAGCAAGCUUCAAUUAUAUUAAAGAAAGGGUGUGGAGAAAGCUUCAAGGUUGGGAAGGUAAACUACUCUCUCAAGCUGGAAGGGAAGUCUUAA